AUGGCAUCUUUUCUGGAAAGAUCCCGCAAGGUGCAAGUCACCAUUUUGGCCUCUGAAUGGGGAUCGAGCAAAGGAGGGCUGUCCACCAUAAACAGAGAAUUAGCCAUUCAGUUCGCCAAAUGCCCUGAAGCGGAAAUCACUUUCUUUCUUCCAAAAUGCAGUAAAGAGGACAAAAAGCUAGCCCUCCAACACAACGUAAAGAUCGUUGAGGCAUCACGCCGACCUGGCUUUGAAGAACUGGAGUGGCUUACCUUUCCACCAGAACAUUUACAAAUAGAUGUAAUCGUUGGUCAUGGAGUUAAACUCGGUAAACAAGCACAAAUCAUUAAAGAACGUAAGAACUGCAAAUGGAUCCAAGUCGUGCACACAGACCCAGAAGAACUGGGAAUGUUUAAGAACUAUUCCAACCCAAUUUCCAAGGGUCAAGAGAAACAUAAAACAGAGGUAGAGUUGUGUGAAAUGGCAGACCUCGUUGUAGGAAUUGGACCCAAAUUGAGUGAGGCCUUCCGCUCGUAUCUUCGUGGUUGCCAAAAAGAAUUCAAAAGGGUGGUAGACUUUACUCCUGGAGUUUUUGAAGAAUUUGUCAGCGUGAUUCAGGACACUGAAGAAGGAAAGCAACGGAGUGUCUUGGUGUUUGGUCGUGGGGACGCAGAGGAUUUCGAACUAAAGGGAUUUGACAUCGCUGGAAAAGCGGUCGCUGCAUUACAAGAUACACGUCUUGUGUUUGUUGGCGCCCUAGAUGGAAAACACGAAGAAAUAGCGAACAGGUUAAUCGAAUGUGGUGUUCCUACACGUCGCUUGAGAGUAAGAGGGUUUAUUGACGACCGAGAGAGUUUGAGGCGCUUGUUUCAAGAAGUGGAUCUUGUAGUCAUGCCUUCAAGAACAGAAGGCUUUGGGUUGGCAGGACUUGAGGCCCUGUCAGUUGGUCUCCCUGUGCUUGUCAGCCGCAACUCGGGGUUUGGAGAGGCACUGUGCAGUGUACCAUUUGGUUCGUCCUUUGUAGUUUACUCAGAGGACCCCACUGAUUGGACCGCAGCCAUAACGAAAAUUUGGGCCAAGGACAGAAAAAUACGACUUAAGGAAGUAGAAGUUUUGCGCGAUUUGUACGACAAGAAAUACAACUGGGCCAACCAGAUAAACGAUCUUGUUCACAAGAUGAUCAGCUGGAAUCACGGUAUGAAUGUCAAAAUUAAUGAUUUUUUUUUUCAUUUUUUUUUUUAAAUUAAGCACUAUGACCAUGCCUACUGAUAAUGGCAUCCAAUUUUUCUAAUUGAACUCCUCCUGUAAAUCAAUAAUUUUUGAUGUUCAGGUCAGGCUGUCCACUCUAAAAAAUUUAUUUAGUAUACUUAAAACGCUGUUCAGGCUGAAAAGAAACAAAGGUUGUUUCUUGUAAAUGUUGUUAGAUACACCCAAUGUUUCCGGCUACUCACAAUCCAGAAAACAAGAGAACCUGGACGUUUAGACUCUCUCAUACAUUCUUAAAAAGAUAACAAUCUUGUCCUUUUUUUUCAGCAGGUGAUUUUUCAAAUGUCCAGAGCUUCCCCGAAACAAUAGGUGGAACCGUUUUAUCUUCUCAGCUGGCUUCUCAGGCUACACGAGGCACGACAGAGAAACAUGCAGGUAACCCUUAAAUCUAAAGCGUGAUCGGAAUAAACAGCUUCGACGAUUUCUCUUCCGAUUCUGUUUUUAAGGUGGCUUACUACAGUUUUUUGGAUGAAAACUAUCGACUUUUUCAAACUGGAGCAUUUUUUCUGAACUUUUUUUUUUCACUGUACUGAACUGUUUAUGACCGCAAUUGAUGUAAAUUAUCAUUUUACCUCCUUAAAACAUUUUAUUGCAUAGUAUAACGCGAAAAAUAGUAACCUAGCAUCCAAAGGGGGCUGGUAACUAGACCUUUAAAGGCUUUCUUCUCAAAAAGUAGCCGUAUGACCUGGGUUCAAAUUUUGAGGAUUGUUAGGGAACAUAAAGACGAAACUGUGAACAUUUUUUUAAACCAAUCCAGGACGUUUUUUUAGUUAUUAUAAAAUGAGACAAAAUUCCACAUUUUUGGCUUUUGCCAAAAUUCAGUCUAUAGGAUUCUUUCUUUCUCCGUAAAAACAAUUACUUCUAAGUACUAAAUAAUACCCUGAAAUUUUCAGAUGGGGUCGUACGGCUAGUUUCCAAUAGCGGAAUCACCUUUUCAAGGCUAUAAGAGCUAUCUAGCCAUAGAGCUAAUUCCUAGUCCUUUCAUAAGAGGAUCUAGAGUAGAAAACUUCGUGGCGUUCACAGCUAUAAUAACUAAAUUUCGCAGUGAUUUAAAAUGUCUCAUGGAAAUUUGUUGCUAAUUCAUGGUCGGUUACGCCAUUAUGGUUUUUUGCUGUCUGUAAGGAAUGUAUUAAAAAACAACUAAGCAUAUAUGACAAACAAUUUUAAGUCUUCCAGGUCAAUUGUCUCAAUUUGUUCCUGUAGUCUCAUAACUGAUCAUAUUUACCGUCGUUUCAAAAAAAUGUCGACAAAGGAGUCAUUCUGUUAGGAGCAACGCUUGGUUUGUGAUGAGAAUGGGGUUUUAAGCGAAUAAGGUUUAUACAGUGUACCUCGAUUUUAACACACGUACUGUAUAGUAAAGCAAUUUACUUCAGUAGAUCUAAUAAACAAUUCAUAAUUUUGUUGAAUUCUUCUUUUAGAUCCUGAUUCAACUCAGUAUACCUCCACCAAUGGGAGAUCAAAUUAUUCCCGGUUAUGCCGUCUUCUAAUCAGCUUGGGUUCAAAAGCCCUCAGAGAAACGUUUGACAGAAUAAUUCCACCGCAAAGUCUUCAGCGCAUUCUAAAACGGAACCCAGUACACUCUAAACUUCAGUCACGUCGAAAGGAAGGGAUACUAAACUCAGUCCGGUGGAGUAAAUUGUAUCCUACCACACCCUCCGAAGUUCCAUCGGCAGGCUUCGAUAUCCCCCUGCUAAUGGUUCUUCUAAGGACAAUCUGUGAUCUGAGUCCUCCACCCGCUGGUUGGGAUGCUCCUCCUCUUACCGAAGACCUAAGCCGUGAGUCUGACAUUGCGCGUCUGAAAUAUUUCUUCAACGCCGUGUCUAGUCAUGCUGGAGAAGGUUUUGUUAGUGAUGCUGUCUUCAGUAGCUACUGGCAGCAGAUCCAUGACACUUUGGUACGAUUGGGAGGAGCUGAUUAUGAAGAUGUUAUUGAGCAAAUGAGGUGUCAGGAAAUGGACGUCCUAAGUGAGGAACAUUUCAGAGAACUUCUCAAGCAAUGGAGAAAGGUGGAGGAAAAUAUCAAAGACAAACUGAAUGAACUGGAAAGUGCAGAGGCUUUAACGAUGGCAGGUGAGCUUUUGUGGUAAAAAUAUGUCUGCUGUUUGUAUUAACAUGGCUAGAGUUUUUUAGAAUUAUUAUAAUGGCAAAAGAAAAAUUUCGAUGUGGUCAGUUUUGCAACGAACGGUAAUUUUUGUCAUGUGCUUUGCUAUUCGGCGUAUAUAUAACUAGGUCCUGCCUGAAAAAGUAAAAUUGUCGUUGAACGUUUUUAAUUUUUCGAAAGAUUAGGCAAACGUAAGUUUUGCGAAGAGACCAGAUGCUAAGUCUGAAUCAAGCUAGGUCUUGAGUAAACAGUCUUCCAACGUACUGUGACAACUUUGUUGUGGGAUUGCUAUGAAAUUGCAAUCUGCAGAUUAAGUGGAGGCGUUGUUCUCCACAUAUAUUUUGUUUACUGUUAUGGUCUGUUCGUUAAAGUUGAGCCCUUCUCCUACGGCAGCAAUCAUGGAUAGGUUGAACUUACUGCAAUAUUGAUCACGACGGAUUUUUUUCCAAGGCCUUGAAAUAAGUAAUGUGUAGGCGCUAGUACCGUGCAGUAAAAAUUGUUUUGUGUGGAAAGAACCCAUUUUGGCAGGUUAAAUGUAAAACAAUAGCUUACGAAAAUAAUGAUACUCACGAACGUAGAGAAAUGUUAAAAAAGUACUGGUGAAGACUAGUAGUAUAGUAAAGACUAACUUACGGAGGGAUAAAAGUCUAGAGGAAAAGACUUCUGUCGUGCUAGCUGACUUGCAUCCGAAGACGCAGUGAGAACAUAAAGCUACGUCAGUAAGAAAGCAAGACUAAAAAAAGCAAGACUAAUAACUAACCGUACCAAACAUCUCGCAUAAGACAACAAGAGUAGUUGGGAGAUUUAGAGUCACGUUGUAGACAAGCGGCAAACGUGAGAUCAAGUUUGCAAUUUCUCAAAUUAGGAGAUGAGCAGGUAAAAACUGUCUUAAAUAUUUUUAGUUGUAGAUUAACCUAAACCGUCUUUUUUUUUUUUAAAAUAUAAUAAACAGUAGGCGACAAGUAAAGGGAACACUUGAUGACGUGAUACAAUCUGACGUUUGCCGUAAACGUGAUUCUAAACCGUGACGUAGACACAAUCGACUACAACAGCAGGAAUGAUGUGACGUACAGCGAAGCGAUAACAAGACUAGACUACAACCACAUGAACGCAAUGAUGCAACAAAAAGCGUAACGAGACAUGUCUAACAUAUAUUGACAUACGGGAAUAAGGUUAAUACCAUAGGAACGAAAUUAUGUACGGGAAAUGGGUUUGACCUGGAAAUGAUUACGCACGAACAAAACUAAAACAACAAACGAACAAGAAGUUUGAUUUCACGAACGGACUCAAAUGCGAGCUGCACGCGCAGUACAUUCCCAGCUGAAAAAAGAUUACUAAAAAUUAAUUUUUUCAUACCUGUUGACCAUGGCAAGUGGGAUGUCGAUUGGACAAUCGAAGGAUGCCUUUUUCUUUUUAGGGUUUUCUUUGGUGGCAUAAUAGACUGUUAACAGUCCCCUAUGUUUUCGUAAGAUCGCCAGGAUCAAGCGCUUUUCGGUACGGGCGGCCUUUUUGAUUAGGCUUUGAUUCGGGACACUAAAACCCACACAGUAAUUUUUAAUUUUUUUAUAAGUCCAAAACUGGAGUAAAAAUUUUAGGUUUAGGAUAACCCCUUUUUUGGGGUUAUUUUAACUCCUCAAUAUCUAGGGUCAUUUUUACUCCUGAAAAAGAGUUCUUUAAACUCCUUCUUGGAGUUGAAAUAACUCCCCAAAAAAUAACUGCAUUGUAAGGAGUUAAAUUAACCCCACUAGAGGAGUUAUUAGAACACCUUGAAAAUUACUGUGCAGAUGGCCACCCAUAACGGAAAGCGUUAGAACUCGACGAUCUUACGGAAAAGUGGGGGAAUGUGAACAGUCUAGCGGAAAAACAAGCUCAUAUUAUGAUCUUUUUAACUUCUGGCCGAAAAAACAGAUAACAAACAGUUACGGAAACCUUUUUUCAAGGUCAAACGAAAAUCUCUCUAAUACGGUACGAACAAGGCGACACACGGAAAAGCGGUUUCGUACAAUGUAAAUCUCAAAGAGGUCAGUUUAGAAGACAAUACUCAUUUCACACCAACACAUUUACCAACAAUAGGACGUAAGGAAAAAUGUUUAAAAGGUAGUGCUUAUACGGUAAAAACUAGCGGAGAAAUCUGGAGAUGUUGGAGAGAGAGACGCGGGAUGGAAUCGGUAGGAAUAUUGGUUUUUAAGUGCGCUUUUUCGGUUUUUGUAGAUGUCAGUAUGAAUUCUGUCCAACUGUCCAGUGUUACACAAUUUCCACUAUAAACAGUAAUUAUUGGACACCAUGACCGACUGUUUAUUGUUGAGCUGACAAGUUGCACGGUUGAGCUGCCUUUAUUUCAAGCCUUGGUUUCCGCACAAUGUAAAUCUUAAUGCGUGCAUUUCUUUUCAUAGUUAUUUGCAGCAUUGAAACCUAAAUACACAUUAAAAGUAAUUUACACAAGCCAAACAAAAUGCAGGUUACGAUAUUUUGCAUUUCUUUUUUUUAGAUUUUUCAUUCCCAACCGAAAUUGUGGAAAAGAUUCGUCAGCUGUAUGGAACACGUGAACAACGCCUCCAGCCCGUUCCUUGGUGUGAAGAUUUCACUUUUCAUCUGAAUGAAAUUUUUACCAGGUUGAAGAUCGUGAGCAAAGAUAAAACCCAAGGAGUACUUACUGACGAUAUUACCGAUAUGACUGCAAUCUUUAAGCCGCACGUAGAAUGCCAAAGGCCGCGAACAGUCUUGAUUGAAGGAGACCCUGGCAUGGGUAAAAGCACGUACUGUCAGAAACUAGCGUAUGAUUGGGCAACUAAGCAGAAGGAGUUGGACCCCUCUUUUCCAGACAUUGACGUGCUAUUACUUCUCAAAUGUCAUGAAGUGAAAUCUAGCAUCUUGAAAGCUAUUGAUGAUCAAAUUCUUCCUGCGGAAAUUGACGAUCAAGCUAGAGAAUGUUUCUUCAAAUUCGUUCGUGAAAAUCAGUCGAAAGUUCUUUUAGUACUUGAUGGAUUAGAUGAAAUGGACUCCACUGAAAUGAAAAGAAUCUAUGACUUGGUUGAGGGUAAAGAACUGUCAGGUUGUCACGUUAUUCUCACAUCUCGUCAUGAGGUAGGGAGGAAACUUAGGAGGUAUUGUGACACUCUGUGGGAGAUUGUAGGAUUCACCGCAGGAGAUGCAAAUAGUUUUAUUCGUAGGUACUUUAAAAGCAUCAACAGGGAGGACUUACUGGAGAAUUUGCUACAAAAGAUUCGCUAUUCGCAUGAGUUAAGAAACUUGUCCAAAAAUCCCUUGAACGUAACCUUGCUUUGUGUUCUUUGUGAAGAUUUAGAGGGCGUUUUUCCAACGAGCAGGACUGAAUUGUACACUGAGAUUGUCCUAUGUGUUUUAAGGCGAUAUGAAAAAAAGCAAGGAUUGUCGAGCAAAAGUGAAGACCUUAUGAGCAUCUACAGGGACGAUCUAGUACAUCUGGGACGAGUGGCGUUACAUUCUCUUCAAAAAGGAGAGCUAUACUUUGAAGAACACGAAUCUGGAAGUACCUCUAUUGCUUUAUCGAAGUUUGGAUUUCUUUCACUCCAGGCUAGUGGCUGCAAGAGGAGAGCUGUUGUGCGUUAUGCAUUUCUCCACAAAAGCUUCCAAGAGUUCUUUUCUGGAUUUUAUCUUGCUUGCCAAAUACUUGACGGAGGUAUUGAUUGUGUCUCAGUAGUAAAAGACGAGAGAUUCAAAGACGAACUAAAGCAAGUCUUUUUAUUCAUGACUGGAAUUUUAGGCUCAAUGAGUAAGGAGACAGCAGAGUCUUUUAUUAAAAUUAUGGCUCAAAAUAUCAAUUUAAUAGAUCCCGAUUGUAAGCAAGACAUUUGUGAAUUAUUUCAUUUAGCUUUAGGCUGCAUUUUAGAGUGCCCAACUUUAUCUCGUACCCUAGGGUUACACCUUCACAUAAGUGAUUUAAAUUUGAAAGGGAUCAUGAUUUAUGGUUCUGGUGCUACUUCCCUUUCCCAGGCUCUUGAGACCAACUCCUCCUUAACUAGUUUGGAUUUGAGUGCGAACAGUAUUGGUGAUUCUGGUGCUACUUCCCUUUCACAGGCUCUUGCGACCAACUCCUUCUUAACUAGUUUGAAUUUAUAUGCCAACCAGAUUGGUGCUUCUGGUGCUGCUUCCCUUUCCCAGGCUCUUGCAGGCAACUCUUCCUUAACUAGUUUGGAUUUGUAUUCGAACAUGAUUGGUGAUUCUGGUGCUACUUCCCUUUCUCAGGCUCUUGCGACCAACUCCUCCUUAACUAGUUUGAAUUUGAGUUGGAACAGUAUUGGUGCUUCUGGUGCUACUUCCCUUUCCCAGGCUCUUGACACCAACUCCUCCUUAACUAGUUUGGAUUUGAGUUCGAACAGUAUUGGUAAUUCUGGUGCUACUUCCCUUUCCGAGGCUCUUGCGAUCAACUCCUUCUUAACUAGUUUGAAUUUAUAUGCCAACCAGAUUGGUGCUUCUGGUGCUACUUCCCUUUCCCAGGCUCUUGAGACCAACUCCUCCUUAACUAGUUUGCAUUUGAGUGGGAACCGUAUUGGUGAUUCUGGUGCUACUUCUCUUUCCCAGGCUCUUGCGACCAACUCCUCCUUGACUAGUUUGAAUUUAUUUGCCAACCAGAUUGGUGAUUCUGGUGCUACUUCCCUUUCCGUAGCUCUUGAAACCAACUCCUCCUUAACUAGUUUGGAUUUGAGUCUGAACAGUUUUGGUGCUUCUGGCGCUACUUCCUUUUUCCAGGCUCUUGCGACCAACUCAUCCUUAACUAGUUUGGAUUUGAGUUGGACCAGUAUUGGUGCUUCUGGUGCUACUUCCCUUUCCCAGGCUCUUGAGACCAACUCAUCCUUAACUAGUUUGAAAUUGAGUUGGAACAGUAUCGGUGCUUCUGGUGCUACUUCCCUUUCCCAGGCUCUUGAGACCAACUCCUCCUUAUGAUCAAACCUAAACUCAAGCUUGUCAUUUGGUGAUUCUGGUGCUACUUCCCUUUCCCAGGCUCUUGCAGGCAACUCCUCCCUCACUAGUUUGGAUGUGAGUUUGAACCGUAUUGGUGCUUCUGGUGCUACUUCCCUUUCCCAGGCUCUUGCGACCAACUCCUUCUUAACUAGUUUGAAUUUACAUGCCAACCAGAUUGGUGCUUCUGGUGCUACUUCCCUUUCCCAGGCUCUUGAGACCAACUCCUCCCUAACUAGUUUGGAUGUGAGUUUUAACCGUAUUGGUGCUUCUGGUGCUACUUCCCUUUCCCAGGCUCUUGCGACCAACUCCUUCUUAACUAGUUUGAAUUUACAUGCGAACCAGAUUGGUGCUUCUGGUGCUACUUCCCUUUCCCAGGCUCUUGAGACCAACUCCUCCUUAACUAGUUUGGAUUUGAGUGGGAACAGUAUUGGUGAUUCUGGUGCUACUUCCCUUUCCCAGGCUCUUGCGACCAACUCCUCCUUAACUAGUUUGGAUUUGAGUGAGAACAGUAUUGGUUAUUCUGGUGCUACUUCCCUUUCCCAGGCUCUGGCAGCCAACCCCUCCUUAACUAUCUCGUAUUAG